CUGAGGAAGGUCUGGACAUCAAAUAACAUUGUUAUUCGCUAUGGCCUGGUCACCAAUGAAAUUGCUAUGGUGCAGGCUCGUGGCCGAGCUCGAGCUGAUGAGAGCACUUAUGCUCUUGUGGCUCCUAGUGGAUCAGGAGCUGUUGAACGUGAAGAUGUUAAUAUUUUCCGUGAGAAAAUGAUGUAUAAGGCCAUUCAGCGUGUCCAGAAUAUGCCACAGGAAGAGUAUUUAAAUAAGAUUCAUAAUUUCCAGUUGCAAAGUAUACUGGAAAAACAAAUGAAGGCAAAGAGAGAUCAGCGCAAGACAUACAAGAAAAAUCCUUCACUAGUAACAUUCUUAUGUAAAAAUUGCCACAAACUGGUAUGUUCUGGAGAAGACAUACAAGUUAUUGAGCACAUGCAUCAUGUCAGUGUGAAAAAAGAUUUCCAAAGCCUUUACCAUACAAGAGAAAAUAAGACACUGCAAGAUAAGCAUGCCGAUUACCAGACAAACGGGGAAAUUAUAUGUAAAGAUUGUGGACAAGCUUGGGGAAAUAUGAUGGUUCACCGAGGCCUUGACCUACCUUGUCUGAAGAUUAGAAAUUUUGUGGUUGUGUUUGCAGACAAGAAAACAACAAAGCAAAUUUUUAAGAAAUGGGGAGAACUGCCCAUUAGGUUUCCUAGCUUUGAUUAUGCAGCUCAUUGUCCUUCAAGUGAUGAAGAUUAAGGCCUUAGGAAGAAAAUAAAAGCCCUUUUCAACUUUUCUCUGUUCGUUAGAAGUUCCUGUGUCCUACAGAGAGUGCUGCAUUGUAAACAGUGUAAGAGCUCCUGGGCAUGAGGAAUCCAUCUCUAAGAGGAAAAGAAAGACAAGGAAAGAGAAGGACAAAGUCACACAGCUGUGUGCACAGUCUGCACUCAGAUUUGCAGUGGUACUCCUGGAUAAAGAUGAACAAAUGCAUUGCAGUCAUGGAUAUCCAUGGAACAAAUUCCUGUC